AUGCUGAGACAGUCGAUUCUGCUGCUGGCUAUCGCCGCCUGUGUGCUGGGAAGGACGCUGCCAGUGCGUCGCCUACCACACAGCGGGCCAGCUCGCAGAUUCGCUGUCGCCAGGGGACGCAUCUACGGCGGCCACAAUGCUGCCCCAGGUGAGUUCCCGUGGCAAGUGUCCCUGCAGUGGGCACUGCUGAAGUCUCGAAUGCACAACUGCGGCGGCUCCAUCAUCACCACGACUUCCGUCCUCACGGCAGCCCACUGCGUCGUGAAGCGCGGUCACUACAUCGCAGUGGCUGGUGAGCAUGACUUCAGCAAAAAUGAGGGGACUGAACAGGAGAUCUACGUAUCACAGCAGAUCGCCGACAAGAGGUAUCCCGGCGGCGGUGUUGUGGCACCUCACGACAUAGCCGUCUUCAAGCUGAAGUCCGCCUUCACGCUGAACUCUUGCGUUCGAAUUAUUCCUCUGGUCGGCGCUGGAUUCACUCCCGUCGGUGGUUCAGCUGCUGUGGUGUCUGGCUGGGGUCGCACGAGAUUCGCCACGACACCGAACGUCCUGCAAACGCUCGAUGUUACGAUCAUCGAUCACAAAACGUGCAGCAAACUCGUCGACGAGCUGCAGAUGGGCUCCAACCCUCUCACCGACACCAUGAUUUGCACGGGCCCUGUCUACGACGGAACCUCCACUUGCAACGGCGACUCUGGAGGCCCGCUGGUGCAGGACGGCGUGCUCAUCGGGCUGGUGUCCUGGGGAGUCAACCCCUGCGCCAUCUGGGGCGCGCCCUCCGUCUUCACCAGCGUCUCGGCCCACCUGGAAUUCGUCAACGAGCGACGCUACCCAUACGGCGUUUACCGCACACAGGACCAACCCGCGGCUGGGCAGUCGCUAAGGGACGCAUCUUCGGAGGACAUGACGCCACUAAGGGCGGUUGCUGGAGACUACGACAUGAGCACAGAUGAAGGCACCGAGCAAGAGGUUCUGGUCACGGAACAGAUCCCACAUCCUCAGUUUAAUGGCGCUGCCGGCGUGGGGCCAUACGACGUCUCAGUCUUCAAGCUGCAGUCCGCCCUGACACUGAACUCCAAUGUCCAGACUAUCAGCUUGCCCAGCGCGGGAGCCAUCCCUGAAGGUGGGUCCAUCGGUGUACUUUCUGGAUGGGGCACUACGGAAGACGGGACGCAACCUAACAUUCUCCAGACGGUCGAUCUCACCAUCUACGAUUAUGAAACUUGUAAGGCGCACAUGGAUGAACUGGAUCCCACUUUCAAUCCUCUCAGAGAGACGAUGGUUUGCACAGGGCCAUUCUAUGAAGGAAUUAGCAUCUGUGCGGGCGACUCUGGUGGCCCGCUGGAGCAGAACCAACAGCUUAUCGGGAUAGUAUCGUUCACGAUGAAUCCUUGUGGCGCUGCGGGAGCACCGUCCAUUUUCACCAGAGUCUCCGCCUACCUGGACUUCAUCAACGAAAAUCUGUGA